AUGACGGAAACGAAGUUAUCAGGAAAGAGAUUGUACUAUACGAUCAAUGCAGUAGCUGGAUUGGCGAUCUUCUUUUUCGGCUAUGACCAGGGAAUGAUGGGUGGAGUCAACACCUCUCCAGAUUAUGUUCGAGUUAUGGGAUUAGGAACUUCAAGCUAUCAGGGCCCUUCAGAGGGUUAUGUGGUGAAGAUUACACAACCCACGAGACAAGGCGGAAUCGUCAGCAUUUAUUAUCUCGGAACAUUGAUUGGAUGCCUCAUGGGUGGUGUUAUGGGCGAUAAAAUUGGUCGACUCAAAACAAUGCUCGUCGGAGGUUUAUGGGUCUUACUUGGUGCAGCACUACAAUGCUCCGCUCAAAACCUUGCGUGGAUGUUAUGUGCGCGUGUUAUAAAUGGGAUCGGAACAGGGUAUUUGAACGCCAUAGUCCCAGUCUGGAGUGCUGAAGUGGCUACUCACACGUCCAGAGGCGCCUUCAUUGCCCUAGAAUUCACUCUCAACAUCUUCGGUGUAGUAGUCGCAUAUUGGCUCGAAUUCGGUCUUGGUUUUGUCGGAGAUGGUCGUUCACAAGUACGGUGGAGGUUUCCAAUCGCCUUCCAGAUGAUACCUAUUGUGGUGUUCAUGGUCGCUCUAUACUGGAUGCCUGAAUCUCCGCGUUGGUUAGUCAAAGCCGGUAGGACAGAGGAAGCGAGAGAGAUUUUGCGACGGCUACGAUACGACUCAACAUCCCCAUCCUCGUUUUCUGCUUCUACCGCGGAUGAAAAAGGGACAGGAAUCUCAAAAGUUCAUGCUACUGCCGACGCGGAAUACAACGCCAUUGUGGAUAUCGUUAAACUCGAACAGAAACACUCCAAGAUGAACAGCUACUGGAAUAUGUUUUGGGGAAUUGGAUCGGGCGAUUUGCACAUUGCGAGGAGGGUGCAGCUCUCGAUUUGGCUGCAAAUCAUUCAAGAGUGGGUCGGAAUUGCAGCUAUAACUGUCUAUGCGCCGACGAUCUUCGCUCAAGCUGGUUAUGCAGCUCGGAAGUCUCAAUGGUUAUCGGGGUUGAAUGACAUAACGUACAUGCUUGCAACUCUACUUGCUGUUGUGACCAUAGACCGCUGGGGUCGUCGUGUAGGUCUCUGGUGGGGCUCUGUCGGUCAGGGUGUCGCAUUGAUCCUAGCAGGCGCAUUUUCUCGCCUACUUCGUGACAACCCUGCAAAACAGGCAGGAUACGGUGGAGCUGCAGCCUUUUUUGUGUUCCUCUACACGGCAGUUUUUGGAGCGACGUGGUUGACUAUACCAUGGGUUUAUCCAACUGAGACGUUCCCAUUGGAAGUCCGAGCAAAAGGGAAUGCCUGGGGUGUUGUUGGCUGGAGUAUCGGGAAUGGCUGGUUGACGUUGUUGAACCCAGUCAUGUUUGCUCGGAUCCAAGAAAAUACUCUUCACAUAUUCGGUGUCAUCAACUUCCUCUCUAUACCGAUGGUCUGGGCAUUCUAUCCUGAAACGGCCAAUCGGACGUUGGAAGAGAUGGAUUUGCUGUUCGCCAGCAAAAGUCCGUUUGUUUGGGAUGAGGAGAGGAACUUUAGGAAGUUGAAAGCUGAGAUGGAAGAGACUGGGAGAGGGUUUGGAGAAGUUGUAAAAACGAAUGAGGAGAAUCCGAGGGUGUGA